CAAGGCACCCGUUGUCACGCUUUGCUUCUGGAUACUGGCACUUGUGAAGAUAUUUAUUCAAGCAUGAAGAGUUGGUAACUGUUCAGUCUUUUACGUCUGCAUCCUACCUCUGAGAUACCAGGAUAGUCUUAUCGGGCACAGACACGUACUUCGCAGACAUCGUGUAUUAACAUUGACCCUUUUAACUCAUAGCUGUGGAGCAUUUGCCAUGGAUCAGCAGUUCCGUGCUGCGCUAGCGGCUCUUAACGGUACCGAACCCACGCGGCAGAGUGCCGCAAACCUCUGGCUCAACGAUUUCCAACACACACCUGAAGCUUGGGGCGCUGCCCUUGCGCUCUUGGAUCCAGCCAGCGGCGCGUCAGCUGAUGAGGCAUUCUUCGCGGCGAACCUGCUGACAUCCAAGACGCGCAGGGAGUGGGGCCGUCUCAACGCACAGCAGCGCUCGGAGCUGGCCGAAGCUUUCUCCUCCAAGCUUCACUCCCUGCUGCUGUCCGGACCGCCCUCCGCGGCAGCUGCGGUGCCGCCCCACCUCUCGGACCGCUUGGUGCUGCUGGCGGCGACGGCGGCGGUGCUGGGCGGUACGGCAGCGGCGGGGCGGCAUCUGGGUCGGGCGCAGGAGGUGGCGGCGGCGGGCCGGGCGGCGCUGACGGCACCGGGAGCCUCACCGGGGGACAUGGCGGGCGGUGCGGUGCUGCUGCGGUGUUCGCUGCUGAUGCUGCAGCACCUGGCGGAGGAGGCGGACGAGCUAGACAG